AUGGCGAACAAGAUCCAGAUCGCCUACUUGGUCGCCGAUGGCCUCUUCUUGCUCAUGGGCGUCUUCAUCCUCGGCUUUUCCGUCAUUGUCAACAACAUCAAGGAUGAGGUACCAGAAAACGGGAGACAGGCGGCAAGGAACCUCUUGUACCAGGAUUUCCCGUUGACAGCCGGUAUUGUCAACGCCGUCUUCAUCUUCAUCACCUUCGCUGUCACCCUCCCCGGCCUCGCUACCUCGUCUCGCAAAUGGCUCAAGCUCGCGAGCUACAUGGCGGUGGUCUGCCUGAUAUUCAGCAUGAUUCUCGGCCUCUACCUAUGGAUCCAGACCCUCAAGCUGAGGGAUGACUUCGCCCCCCGUUUCACCGCCCAAACUAACGAGAUCAAGAGCCUCAUGCAAGUCGAGUUCAACUGCUGCGGCUACUUCAACAGCAGCCGGCCGGCCUUCAUCACGGACGCGACGUGCCCGAGCAAGGCGGCGGCGGCCAUGGUGCGCGGGUGCGCGACCCCGAUCUCGGGCUUCGCCAACGUCUUCAUCGACAACAUCUUCACGGCGCUCUUCGGCAUCGUCGGCUUCGACGUCAUCUUCAUCAUGGCCACCGCCUGCCUGCUCAAGGACCGCAAGGAGCGCGAGCGGUUCCAGCAUAUCGAUGAGAAGAAUGGGUUUGGGCGGAUUUGA